UGAUGAUGAUGAUGAUGGUGAUGAUGGUGAUGGUGAUGAUGAUGAUGAUGAUGGUGAUGAUGGUGAUGGUGAUGAUGAUGAUGAUGAUGGUGAUGAUGGUGAUGAUGAUGAUGGUGAUGAUGAUGGUGAUGAUGACUGAUUAUAAUGGUGAUGAUGCGAGUGUGAGUGAGUGAGUGCGUGAGUGUAUGUGUGUGUGAGUGUGUGUGUUAGUGUGUGAGAGAGUGUGUGUGUUUCAUCUGUAUGGUGUGCAGUGAGGGGUUCUGGGAUGCUGUGCUGAUGAGUGUGUUGUGUUUCAGUCCGUGUCCAGAGCAGGGGAUGGGGGACGAGUUCAACCUGAUGGACCACUCAGACCUCUACAUCCUGGACUUCAGUCCUAAUCUGAAGACUUUAUGCAAACUAGCCGUUAUUCAGUACAGUCUGGACCAGUCGGGACUUCCUCAUGACAUCAGGUGGGAGCUGAACGCUAUGACCACUAACAGCACCAUCAGUCGUCCGAUCUUCUCUUCUCACGGCUGAUCGUCUGCAGAGCUGCGCACCAUCAGUGUUUACUGCGGCGUGUGUGUGUGUGUGUGUGUGUGUGUGCGUGCGUGCGUGCGGAUCAUCAGCAGCAGUGGACAAUGAACACUGAGUCUCUGUCUGCAUGGCCUGAGGCAGACACACACCGCACACACACCUCUCAUGUUGUAGAUUUCUCCUCCAUACGAGUGUGUGUGUGUGUGUGUUGUUCAUGUGCUCCAGAGUGUGUGUGUGUGUGUGUGUGUGUGUGUGUGUGUGUGUGUGUGUGUGUGCGUGUGUGUGUGUGUGUGUGUGUGUGUGUGGACAUCUGCUGCACCGCCGCUGCCACCAUCACUGGACAUUUAUUGAUCGGUUGGUGAUUAUUUCGCAGAUGGACAUCAGAGACGCUCAGCUGAAGUGUGUGUGUGUGUGUGUGUGUGUGUGUGUGUGUGUGUGUGUGUGUGUGUGUGUGUGUGUGUUCUGAUCUCUCCUUCUGAUGCUCAUGAAGAAAUGAAGGAUUCAAGGAAAUCUCUGCGUUCUGAUUGGUCACUGAGGUCCUCAUAUGUAAAUGCUGUUUUUAAGUGUGUGUGAAGCAGAAACUCAUCUGUGCUUCAAACACACACACACACACACGCACACACACACACAAUCCUGGACCGAGAAGCAGAGUUUCCUCAAAACAGCACAGUGUUGUAGACGGGUUACACACACAUACACACACACACAGAUCUCACGACAAUAAAACUGAUCAAGAGUUCACCGUGUGUGUGUGUGUGUGUGUGUGUGUGUGUGUGUGUGUGUGUGUGUGUGCGUGUGUGUGUGUGUGUGUGUGUGUGUGUGUGCUGGUCUGAAGGUUAAUGCUGCAGUUGAGGGAUGGAUCACACCUGUCUGCUGGACCUUAACCUUGUGUCUCCAGCGCUGCUAAUGUGCUGUCCACUCGCUGCGUCUCCAGAGACAGGGUCUGCAGACACACACACACACACUCUCACACACACACUCUCACACACACACACACUCUCACACACACAUUAGCGCGGAUUGUUUUGACUCUCUCUGGAGUGCAGCUCUUCAGGUCCGUCAUCUGCUGUAGAAGAGUCCCCGAGGAUCCAGAAGCUGAUGUUCCUCCAUUAAUGAAGAUGAAGUGUGUGUGUGUGUGUGUGUGUGUGUGUGUGUGUGUGUGUGUGUGUGUGCGCGCUCUCUCUCCGCCAGUGUGUUCUUGUCUGUCAGUGCUGCUGUAACGCUGCUGUUAUCUGCAGACGGAAACUCCUCAGACGCUUUCAUAUUCUAUACCUGACCACUGACUGAGGCGACGCACACACACACACACACACACACACACACACACACACGCACACACACACACACACACACUGUGGUUGCACAAUUCAGUUCAGCUGAUCUGUAUUUCUCCAGCGCUUCUACAGUGUAGAUCAGGGGUCACCAGACUUGUUCCUGGAGGUCCGGUGUCCUGUAGAUUUCAGCUCCAACCCAGGGACACCGGCCCUCCAGGACCAAGAUUGGUGCCCCCUGGUGUAGAGUGUGUGUCAGCAGCUGAACACUGAAGUUCUAGUAAACUGAAGCGGUGUCAGUCCAGUGUUCAGAGCUGAGUUCAGUUCAGUUCAGUGUGGUUUAAUCUUCACUGCUGAGAGUCCAAACACUGAAGAGCAAAUCCAUCCAUGUGCAGCUCUACAAGGCCCAAACCAAGCAGACCAGUGGAGACAGUGGAGGAACACACUUCACCGAUUGACCAAAGUGAAGGAGAGAGACCUGGAGAGAAACCAGGCUCAGUUGGACACGACCAUUCCUCCUCUGGCCAAACGUCCUGUGCAGAGCUGCAGUCUAGGCGCCGGAGGCUGGAGAGCGCUGGACGUCCGUCGUGGAGAAGCUGCAGGUGGGAGAGGUCACCGGCUGGUGUUCUAGCUGGCCCUUCAGGAUCAAUGCGAGGACUCGUCUGUCACUGGGGUCUUACAGGAAUCAGUCUCACACUCUCCACUCCUCCAUGACCACCACAGCAGCUGCUCAGGAUACGGCCUGGUCCAGGAUUAUAUGGAGACCUGGGGAUCCUAGCUGUGAUGUGAGUUACUGUACAGCUGAGCUAAUGAUCUGAGUGUUGAUCCAGCACUGAUGAGGGACGCAGGAGCAGACAGACAGCAGGACAGCUCCGGCUUACAUGGUUCUGAUCAUUCUGAACACACGAGGAGCAGGAGUAGGACAUUACAGUCUCUCUGAUUUACUCAGGGUUCAGACGCUCGUGGAAUUUUGACAUGGCCUGGAAACGGUUUGGAAAUACAGAAAAACCCAGAAAGUUUAGGAAAUGAGUUGAACACACAUCUGUAUCAGUGAAUCAGGGCUGUGGGGUAUUGAACAGUCUGACAGAUUUAGAGUAUCUGUGAUGUAUAAUGUGGUGUGAACACCGCUUCAGCAGGUGAGUUAACAGGUUUAUUCAGAUUGAUUGAGGGAUUUUGUAGAGUAAAUCUCGAAUAAUAAAUAACAGAUAAAUGACAAGCAGAGAUAAACACAACACAGCAAAGACUAAAGUGAAGUAUAGUGAAGUAUAGUGUUCAGCUGUUCACUAUUCAGCUACAGAUAUUGAUUAAUCAACACUGCACAGUCUUCAGUGUGGAUUAUUUCAUCUUUAUUAACGUUACAGAACAUUUCUUGUGUCUGGAUGUUUGAAACUCUGAAAUGUUCACAUAGUCUCAGGCCUUAAAGAGACGGCUCACUCAAAGAUUAACAUGUCCUCACUCUCUACUCACGCUUCACCUGUUUCAGUACUGAAGGAGUUAUUCAGCCAGAUUCUGCAGUACUGUAGGAGUUAUUCAGUCAGAUUCUGCAGUACUGUAGGAGUUAUUCAGUCAGAUUCUGCAGUACUGUAGGAGUUAUUCAGUCAGAUUCUGCAGUACUGUAGGAGUUAUUCAGUCAGAUUCUGUUUCUGUUCAUUUCAAAAAGAAAACUCAGAAAUGUUUGAACAAGUGAAGGAUGUAAUGAGAAUGAGGAGUAAUUUCUCUCUUUAAAAAUGCCUGCAGAUGAUAAACCUUUACUCCACUAUGAUUAAACUGUAAUCUCAGCAUUGCAUAUCCUGUGAUGUGACUGUUGCGGAUGCACACAUAGCGAUAUCAAUGCUGAAACCAUAUAUUGUGCAGCCCUAGCUUUAAUAUAGCUUAGAUGUCUUCAUUUCUGUCCUUGGCCAAAAACUCGCUCUCUCCCUGUUAGUCCAGUGUGAACAUGAUCAGGAUCAACUCUACAGAGAUGUACAAACACACUUAAACAGAAUAGAUCGUUGUGUGUUUUAUGAUGUGCUGUAAUGUAUCUGAGCGUCACUGUUAUUAUUGUUAUUUACCAUCUGGAACAUUACAGCAUGAAAAUGUACUUGAAGGUUCUGGAAUAUUCUUGGAAUUUUAGUGGUAAAAUUGUGUAUGAGGCCUGUACUGAGCUAAUGAGAGUAACCACAGCACACACACUGCUGUACACGCUCAGUCAUCUGUGUGAACACCAUGCAGAGCCGUCAGGAAGAUCACAGUAUCCUACAGUAUCAUGACUGAUGUGUGUUUAAAGGUCAGUGAAGGAUAUUCAGUGUGUUGUUCAUUACAGAGCUCCUCUGUUAAAGAAACCCUGCAGGUUCUGGAAGAGAUCAGGCCUCAGCAAAGGUAAGAAACAGUAACGCAACCAUACAGUAACGCUACAGACCGCUGACCAUAUCGCAGCUGACCGCUCAUAUGAGGAGAGACUCAGUGUUUCUGCGUUAUCUGCUGUAGUGUCCUCUCCAACACUGCUCACGGUCACUGAUUAUUAAUAUUUAUCCUGUUAUAUUGACACACCUGUCUAUAUAUGAAUAAGAAAUUAGAGAAUAAAUAUUAGAUUAUUAUUUAUAGAUUAUUAUUGAAUUUAUUUACAGUUUAAAUAUAAGACUGCAUCUGUCCACUGCUGAACAGAUCCUGGGAUUAUAUUAGACACAUUCAGUGUUUUAAUUAACUAGAUCUGCGCUGAUCCUCCACACUGUUCACACUGUCAGGAGGGUUGAUCAGUGUGUGUGUGUGUGUGUGUGUGUGUGUGUGUGACGUUUGGCCUGCAGCUGUACAGUUAUACUGUGCAACAGUUGUGUAGGAGCGCUGUGAUGCGCGGUGAGGACACACAGGCAGAGCGGGAAAGAUCUCCCUCCACACUGCACUCAUCCUCUGAUGAGGAGCGACGGAUACUGACAGAACCCGAUCACCAUUCACAGGAGAGCCGGCUACUGCGAACAUAUUACAUCGCUGCUCAGUGCACUGCUGAUAAAUGUCUGAGGUUGAGCUUCCCUGAGACUAUAAAAGACACGGGUCAUCACACACUCUCAUUCACACACUCUCAGACACACACACCGCAGAGAUAAGAGCUCCAGCGCCGCUGACUGAUCGCCGGUAGCCGACCCUGACCCGCUGCGCCCGGCUGAUACUGAGCCUGGAGGGGUUCCUGAUCAUCUGUGUGUGUGAAAGACUGUGCUUCAGCAGCAACGAGUGUUUUCUCCUCAUCCCCCGUGUGUAAGGAGUGUGUGUGUGUGUAUGUGUGAGGAUGAGCUGCGGAGACCCGGGCAUCAGGAGGAUCCUCCGCGCGUCUAAGCGCUUCAGGUCCACCAAAGGAGCGUCUAAAGCGCGCCGUGAUCAGAUGAACAGUGAGAUCCGCAGCCUGCGAGCGCUGCUGCCCAUCAGCCCAGAGCACAGACUCUCAUACCUGCACAGCAUGAGCAUCACCUGCACCUACUUCAGGAAGAGUGUAGAGCUGAGAGGUGUGUGUGACGCCACUGUUUCUGCUGUGUGUGAGGAAUCUACCGGGGUUUCUGCUGUGAACAAGUGUGUUCUGCAGGAGUGUGUUCCACAGGAGUGUGUCUCACAGGAGUGUGUUCUGCAGGAGUGUGUUCCACAGGAGUGUGUUCUGCAGGAGUGUGUUCCACAGGAGUGUGUUCUGCAGGCUCUGCCGGGGUUUAUCGUUGCUUUUACAGCUGAUGGAAAGCUGCUGUACGUGUCUGAGAACGUGCACGAGUAUCUGGGUCUGUCCAUGGUGGACGUUCUCCAGAGCGACUCUUUCUUCGAUAUGCUGGACCGCAGCGAUGUGGAGGCGUUAAGGAAUGUGUUAGCUGACGCCGGUCCUUCAGCAGAGCGGUCUGUUGUGUGUCGUAUGCUGGUGUCUAAAGCACUGCGUCUGCGGAGCUCCUGCUGCCCCCUGCUGGUGCGGCUCCGUCUGCGGGAUGGAGUGUGUGUGUCGCUCUGCAGACCCACCGCUGACCGGCUGCCCGCGCAUGACGCUGACUUCCACACACACCACAGCGCAGACAUGCGGUUCACCAGCGCAUCCUCCAGUGUGUUGUUCCACCUGGGCUUCUCUGCGGAGGAGCUGAUUGGUCGAUCCUGGUACGAGCUCCUGCACCCUGACGACCUCCGGCAUGCCGCCGACCGCCACGCCACGCUCCUAACAGCAGCAGAUGCAGAGAUGCUGAUCCGGGUUCAGUGUAAGGAUCUGACCUGGGUCUGGAUGUACACACACGCAUCGGCAACAGCAGAGCGGGACGCAAUCAGCAGCUGCAACUACAUCAUCAGUGCAGCAGAGGCAGUGUAUCUGCAGCAGAGGCUCUCCUCCUCCUCCUCCUCCUCCUCUUCUGCUUCUCCUCAGUGUAGCUCCGUCUCGGACAGCAGUGAUGCCCACAGCACACACACACUCUUCUGCACGCCGCCCUACAGCCCUACUUCCUCUCAGUGCUCUGACUUCCUGUCUGAAGGUUACGGCGCUCUGGAGGCGCUGGUGGAUUCUGCCUUCUGCUCUCCGCCGUACCCACCGCUGUUCCCCAACCCGUGCUGUGCCCCCGCUGUCUGCCCGCCAGAUGCUGCCUUGGUGCCUGCUGCACUCUGCCCUCCGAACGCUGCCCUGGUCCCCACUCUGCUCUGUCCUCCAGACACUGCUCUGGCCCCCGCUCGGCUCUGCCCGCCAGAAGCUGUCCUGGACUCUGCUCGCCUCUGCCCGCUGGACACUGCCCUGGUCCCCGCUCGGCUCUGCCCGCUGGAUGCUGUCUUGGACUCUGCUCAGCUCUGCCCACCGGAUGCUGCUCUGGCCCCCGCUCAGCUCUGCCCGCUGGACACUGCCCUGGUCCCCGCUCGGCUCUGCCCACCGGACGCUGUCCUGGACUCUGCUCAGCUCUGCCCACCGGAUGCUGCUCUGACCCCCGCUCAGCUUUGCCCGCUGGACACUGCCCUGGUCCCCGCUCAGCUCUGCCCACCGGAUGCUGCUCUGGCCCCCGCUCAGCUCUGCCCGCUGGACACUGCCCUGGUCCCCGCACGGCUCUUCCCGCUGGACGCUGUCCUGGACUCUGCUCAGCUCUGCCCGCCGAAUGCUGCCCUGGUCCCCACUGCGCUCUGCCCACCAGAUGCUGCCCUGGUGCCUGUGUGCCGGCCGCUGCAGGCGUUUGAGUGCCCUCUGGAUGGCGCUGUGUCGCUGGAGGACCUCAGCAUGUUCCCGCUGCCACAGGACGGAGGCUCCCGUCUGAUGCCCCCUGAAGCGUCGCCCGCCGCUGACACACACUUUCCGCACAAUGUGGCACAGCAGGCGGAGAUCGGCACGUUGGCACUGCAGAUACACACACUCAUCCGCAGCUUUGAUGCCUACAGCGGCGCGCAACACACACACCCUCACCACACCCCCUGCUGGGCACCGGAGCCACUUCUGGACGAGGGCAUCAUUGACAGCAUCCUCCGAGAGCUGGACAGCAGACACACACACACACUGAUGCAUACACACUGACACACACACACACACACACACACACACUGUGAUGUACACACACUGGGCAUCAUUGACAGCAUCCUCCGAGAGCUGGACAGCAGACACACACACACACUGAUGCAUACACACUGACAGACACACACACACACACUGAUGCACACACACUGGGCAUCAUUGACAGCAUCCUCUGAGAGCUGGAGAGCACACACACACACACACACACACACACACAAACACACCACACACACACACACACCCCACACACACUGACCCACACACUGGAGAAACUCUGAUGUGUGUUCGUAAACACUGAAAACACUGUUGAUUUGUGUGUGUGUGUGUGGUGUGUGUGUGUGUGUGUGUGUGUGUGUGUGUGUGUGUGUGUGUGUGUGUGUGUGUGUGUGUGUGUAAACAGGUCAAUAAUGAGCGUAUAUAUGCACUUACUGUACUGAUGCUCCUCUGUGGAGCGGGAGCCGACUCUACCUCCUGAUCUGGUGUGUGUGUGUGUGUGUGUGUGUGUGUGUGUGUGUGUGUGUGUCCUGUGGUUCAGCGAUGCUCAGAGCAGUGUGUUUAGUUUAUAUAUUCCUGAUGCUUCUGUCUAUUUUUGUACUCUUAAUAAAGUUAUGAUCAUGAA